GGAGCGGGGGAGGGCUGAGGGGAAAUAUUCCCUUUAUCCCCCAUAUACCCCUUACGGGGGGAUUUGGGGUCGUGGUGAGGUGUUUUCGGCCAGCUGGAAGGAAAUUAGGAGCCCCCCCGCCUGCUGGAGGGUGGCUGGAGGUGUCGUGUACAUCCCCCCCCCUCCCGCUGAGAGCCGUUUUUGCGGUCGUUUUUGUGUGGUGAUGGAGGAAUAAAAUUUGGGAUUUGCCUGUUCUGGCACCAAAGUGGCACCUGGUGAGGGUGGAAAGCACACGGGCUGACCCAGGUUGUGGUGUCUGAGGGUGAACAUAACCUUACAUUUCCGAGCACCCGUCGCCCAGCCCCUGCGGGCAGCCUCUGAGGGAGGCGGUGCCCGUACAAACCUCUCCCAGGGCACAAACCCCUCCGAGGGUGCAGCUUCGCUGUUAACACAAAGCAGCCCCUGCCUGCAUCGCCACCAGAAAGGGCAGACCUGCCCGCCUCUCAUCUUGGCCGGGCUUUCCUGUUUAUUUACACAGCAAUAACCCUGCUGUUGCCAUCUGGCGAGGCGUGCCUGGGCUCCAAUGCGGCCGAAAGCCCAUUAUGCCCCUCGCAGAAAAGAGCUGGUUUUCAGCGAGGUCAAGGUCCUGACCCUACAGAGCCGCGCCAGGCACGAGGAAGACGAAGAUGUGGAGGCAGAAGGAGCCCGUUCGGAUCACAGCCGCCCCGAGCUGCCUUUCUGUGUGCAGCUGCUCACUGCCGCAGCUCACUCGUGACAGCUCUGAGAGCGUCCCACUAACCAUGAUCUGGUGAUAGCUCCCAACGGCGGCAUGUGAUUUCUCUGGAAAAAUGUAAAUUGUUAUCUUAAGGUAGCAGCCUGAGGUUGCGUCUCGCAAUAAGAGCCUCAGAAAUGUUAACUGACACGAGUGAAAAGAGCAGGGACUGAAGCUAAUGCUCGGGACGCCUCUUAAACAAUACAGCAUGUGUGGAUGUGUCACUCAUAUAUGUACAUUGCUUCCCUCAAAAUCAUGUGGAGAUUCUUAUGCCUUUGAAAGAAUGUCAGAGCCUGAACCUCCAGAAUCUGUGGUGGAGGGGCAACGCAGAAGGGUAUAGCCAACAUCUUUCACACAAGGUGACAGGGUGGCUCCAGAGACCACAGGACAGCAGGUCGCUUCGUGUCAGAAAUCCUGUCUUCCAAAAACGACAAAAUGCUGCCUCGCCCUUCACUUCUCUGGUAUUUUGUUUAUCCUGCUGUGGACACUGGCAGAUCUUAUCCCAUCCUUUGCAGCUAUUUUUAACCUGGACGUGUUCUGUGAUUUGUUUCACGCACAGCACUGAAAUGGCACAGCUGAGGGAGCAAGUAAACCCUCGAUCUGUCUGCUCACACCUUCAUGCCAGACCAGCCUCUCAGAGCCAAGGAUCUGCACUGCUCCCAGAAACCUUCCAGCCUUCUCCCUGCGCUCGGCCUCUCACCGUGUUGCGUGUUGACCAAGGACAUCAUCUGCCUUUCUGCAGCAGAGGAUCCAUCAGCAAAGCCCAGCUUUGCCAGGAAAAGCUGCAUCCCCGUGAGGACCUCUCUGCUGCUGUAACACAGCGAAGCUUUGAUCACUUUCUGCCAGGGAAGGCUGCUUUGCAAGGAGAGAGGCAGGUGGUGAGACCUGGUGAGACCAUACCAAAGCCGGUCCGGGUGACAGAACAACCCGGGGUCUCUGAGGUCCUGGAAAAACUGCAGCUCCAACAGCCCUGGCAGGGCCUGCAGAGCCCCAUGCUGCUGCUGGAGAGCAAAAACAAGGCAGGGGGUGUUGCAAAGACAUUAUUUUCCCUUGCAGUGAGCAGCAGAAAGCUCCACCCAAGUUUCACUCUCACUCCCAUUUUAAAUUAAAAAAAAAGUUAAAAUCAACACUUGCUGCUGUGCAUUGCCUGUGCUGCCAUGUGAUCCAGGCAUGUGAUUAAGUUGUUGAUACUUGUUUUUUUAUUAUUAUUAUUAUUUUUUUAUAGGAUCGAAUUUGUAGCUGCUGUAGAAGCCUGUGUAACUUGUCAGAGCAAUUCUCUACCCUGGCAAGUUACACAAGCUGUGGAGCUUCUCCCUGCCCCAGGGUAUCCUACCGAUCUCUGCCUUCUCCCUUCAUGGAUGACUCCUCCUCAGUGUCCUUUUUGCAAAGGCAUCAGCUAUAGCCAUUUUUAGGAAAACAGGCAGAAUUCCUCUUAGCUGCACUGUGGAACAUGGUGAGACGCCUCGAUGAUGAGGCAGUAGUUUCUUCCAGCCUUUCCUCCCGUUGGAAGUAAAUAAAAAGGGAGGAUGAGUUUCAGCUGGAGGAAAAAAAAAUAAAAAUCAAAAAGAGACUGUGCUUGCCAGCCUGUAACAUGCUCUGUGUGUUUGAUUUCCUCUUGCAGUCUGCACAGAUCUGCCUGUGCAGAUCUGUUUAGUCAUGUUGCAUGGACUGGAUGGGGCUGUUUGGCGGUGUUUGUUCCCAGCUCUCCCGAAUGAUCAGAUGUUACCCGUGCUGGUUUGCCAUCACCUCUGAACCAGGCCCCUUCCCUCCCUCCCGGUUUGCUUAUUAUCAACCUGGUCUGCAGCCAGAGCUCCAGAAGAUGAAGAGGGGUGUGCAGAGGGGUUUUUUUAGCAGGUUUUAGCAAGAGGAUGUCCUUUUACUGCAGGACUAGAAACAGCCAUGGGCCUGUGUCUGGAGUCUUUCUGUGACCAGUCUAUGUGCAGCAGGCCAAAUCCCAGUCUGAUUCUCAGGUCUCAAUGGUUCCAGUGACAAAAUGGGGGAGCCUCUUCUUGAGUGAGUGCCCUUUUUUUACGAGAGAAGGUGCAAGCCUUUGAGAUAGCUUCAUAAUCCUUUGCUGUUAGGGCUGGCCUGGGACCAGGCCAGCACCUGAUCUCUGAUGAAGCAUUUACAAUCCUGGAGCCCAGCCACGGCCUCACGGUUACACGGAGGCAUGAAUGGGAAGCAGUCCCGUGCUGUUUGUCCUCCUCACCUGGGUGAGGAAGCACGGGAAGCAUGAAAUGCCAGUGCUUACCUUUGUGGUGGUCAUCACCCACCACUUCUGUGGGUUAUUGAGGCAGAAGAUGAAAGGUAUGGUGUGAACACUACUGAUCUCCCCAGUGUGCACCGCAUGCUUCCAAAGAUGCACCACACGCUCUUCCCGGGAUUUGAUUUUAAUUACAAACGAGCUUUUUGUUCAUGGGAAUAGAUGCCAAUCCUUCUUACGGGGUUUAACUGCUCAUACGGCUGAUCCUAGCGGCCUGGGGAGGUCUCUCCGCUCUUUCUCCAGGGCUCAAAGUUGUUAGCUUGCUGUUGGUGCUUGUACCUGCCGACACCACCUCCCUAUGGAGAUGCUACCUUGUUGCUUUAACUAGAAAUCGGGUGUAACAGUUGUACAGCGAUCGUGAUCUCUAUCUCCCCUGUACUGGAAAUGUACAUCCAAAGCUGCCCUGCAGGAAGCAAAUGCUCACCUGAGCCUCCCACUGCUGCAUGGCUUUCACUAGGGUAUUAAGGUAUGUGUUUCUCACUAGAAAUAAACAUACUGUUUUCCUGAAGAUGGUUUGUAUUGUUUCUGUCAAAGUCUAGAGGCAACAGUGGGCAAAGUGCUAGCUUUUCCUCCUCCCCUUUCCCAUUUUCUUUAUUUUGCUACAAUAUCUUCUCCCUGCUUAGAAAGGUAUCUUUUUGAUCUCAACCACCCAUCAUCACCUCUUUUCAUACUGCCUGGAUUUGAACCAGACAGUCACAGGCACUCCAACUCAUUGCAAACUCCCUGAG